GCGGGCUCUAGCCGCCUAGUCCCACUGUCACGCCGCAGGCUCGGCUGCGGGGGCCCAAGCUCCGCGCCUCUCCGCGCCGCCUCCCCCAAGUCCCUGCCCCAUCGCGGCGCGUCACUUCCGCCACCCCCAGCUGGGGUUGGGGCGGGGAACGCGGGGGAGGGGGCCAGGUCGGAGGAAAACCCGCCCGAGCCCACACCCGAGCAGGGACUACAUUUCCCGAGGGGCCUCGGCAGCGGYGGCGGCGGGCGCGGCAACGUCCCCCGGAAGUGGAGCCCGGGACUUCCACUCGUGCGUGAGGCGAGCGGAGCCGGAGACGAAACCAGAGGCCGAACUCGGGAUCUGACAAGAUGGCCGGGCUGCCCCGCAGGAUCAUCAAGGAAACCCAGCGUUUGCUGGCAGAACCAGUUCCUGGCAUUAAAGCAGAACCAGAUGAGAGCAACGCCCGUUAUUUUCAUGUGGUCAUUGCUGGCCCCCAGGAUUCCCCCUUUGAGGGAGGGACUUUUAAACUUGAACUAUUCCUUCCAGAAGAAUACCCAAUGGCAGCACCUAAAGUACGUUUCAUGACCAAAAUUUAUCAUCCUAAUGUAGACAAGUUGGGAAGAAUAUGUUUAGAUAUAUUGAAAGAUAAGUGGUCCCCAGCACUGCAGAUCCGCACAGUUCUGCUAUCGAUCCAGGCUUUGUUAAGUGCUCCUAAUCCAGAUGAUCCAUUAGCAAAUGAUGUAGCGGAGCAGUGGAAGACCAACGAAGCCCAAGCCAUAGAAACAGCUAGAGCAUGGACUAGGCUAUAUGCCAUGAAUAAUAUUUAAAUCGAUCCGAUCAUCAAGUGUGCAUCACUUCUCCUGUUCUGCCAAGAUUUCUUCCUUUUUUGUUUGCAUUUAAUGGACACAGUCUUAAUAGAAACAUUACAGAAUAAAAGCCCAGACAUCUUCAGUCCUUUGGUGAUUAAAUGCACAUUAGCAAAUCU